GUACAGUCUGACCCGCGAGAGAGAUGUGAGGCCGUGGGGGGAAAUUACGUCGAAUUGCUUUUGAGCAUACGCUUGAGGAAGAAGUAGAAGAAGAGGAGCAAGAAUGGAGAAGCAAUACUCUGUGCAGUUCUUUACAUCCUUUAUAGAGAAGCUUCAAGGAUUGUGUAGAAAUUCUCUAGACUUCAGUCAGACUGUGGACGUCAGCGGCUAUUUGUGUUUGGAGAUCGACAACAUGAAGAAAGAGAGAUAUGUCCUCAGUGAACUGUUACAGAGCAAUGGGAAUGUGGUCAGUGAGAGCUAUUGUACGAAGGCGUUCAAAACGUCACAGACUAUAAAUCCAUCCCGACCUCGCCCGAUGAUUGGGAGGAAUAAUGUGAACGUUCCGACAAGCAGAGACAAUGUUCACCAGCAUAAUCAAAACAGAAGACGAUCAAGGCCUGAUUCCUCAGGUGCUCAGAAUCCAAAUAUUCCAUCAAAAGUUCGUAGAUCAGUUGAUGUCAUUGAAGUCAUUGAUGACGAUCAGUCACCUGGGAGUAUGAAUUCAUCAGGGAAGAGUUACCAGUCGAACCCGAAGCAAGGGCAGAGAUGGCCUGCAGGCAGGGAGAUGGCCAGCAUGCAGAGACCCCCACAGAGCCAAGUAAAGAGAUCCCCUGUAAGUCAGAACAGACAAAAGGAUCAGUAUAGUGCCAUGAUGAGACAGCAGGGACAAUACGGUGCCAUGGGUAAACCGCCAGAUUCAUAUAACGCCACAAUGAGGCAGCAGGAGCAAAUGGCUCCCAGGAACAGGCUUCAGGAACAGUUGGGUAGUAGGAAUAAACAGCAGGAACAUUAUGGUGCCAUUAACAGACUACAGGAACAGUUUGGUGCCAUUAGCAGACAGCAAGGACAGUUUGCUGCUAUGAACAGCCCCCAGGGGCAGUAUAACGCCUUUAACAGACAGCAGCUUGGUGCCAUGAACAACCAGCAAGGGCAACUUGGCGCCAUCAACAGGCAGCAGGGACAACUUGGCGCCAUGAACAACCAGCAAGGACAACUUGGCACCAUUAACAACCAACAGGGACAACUUGGUGCCAUGAACAACCAAGGGCAGCUUGGUGCUUUGAACAGCCCUCAAGGGCAGCUUGGCGCAUUGAACAGCCCUCAAGGGCAGCUUGGCGCAUUGAACAGCCCUCAAGGGCAGCUUGGCGCUUUGAACAGCCCUCCAGGGCAGCUUGGCACUUUGAACAGCCCUCAGGGACAGCUUAGUACAAUGAACAGGCAGCAGGGUCAGCUUGGCGCCAUGAACAGCCAGCUGGGACAAUAUAGUGCCAUUAACAGACUGCAGGAACAAUUUGGUGCCACAAAUAGACAGCAGGGACAAGUGAACAGACCGAGAUCUGAUCCCAUGGUACAGCAAGGGCAGCAGACAACUAUGUCUAUACCAGCAACAAGUCCCAUGCAGCAACCCCUUAUGCAGGAUCCCAGAAGUACCAACGAAGGAUUAAGAGCCCCGAACACCCAAAAUGCAAAUGUCCAAGGUAACAUAGAACAGUUCAAUGUUCAGAGACCACCACCUACUCCUCCUGUGUCUGCCAGUGAUCAUAUUGUGAGGGUCAAGUCGGAGUUUGGUGCCAACGAGGGAUUGAAUACAAGUAAUACCUCUACAGUUCCACCUCCAGCUCAAGCUUCAGCUUCAGCUCCUCCUCCUCCAGCUCCUGCUCCAGAUCCAGCUCAGAAAGCUGGACAAAGUUCUGAAGCUGUCUCUCAGCCAGCUGGCUCAACUAACAACACAACACAAGCUGCAAGUUCACAAUUAAGUAAUGAAGAACCAUUGCUAGGAGCACCUGAAGAAGUGGCUGUGAGGAUCAAACAGGAACCUAUUGCCUACUCCCCUAAGCCAGUAGCAGGUUUGGAUGAAGAUGGGGUUAUUGAUCUGGAUUUGUUUGAUGAUGACCUGGAUGACAAUCAUCCCGAGUCCUCUGCAGGAAGUGGUCAAGAUGACCAGACAGCCUUGGCUAAGGACUAUGGUGUACCUAACAAAACUGUCGCAAGGAAGGAAGAUCAGUUCAACCUGGGAUCCAAGAAAGUGGUAGAUUAUGCUGUCCAACAGUUCAAGAAGUAUCAUUUCAGUAAAUCCGGUUUAGAUUUUGAUAUGUUGACUAUGGAAACUGUGAAACUCGACAGCCUCUUGUUGGACUUCUUCCAGGGUGUGAGGAAGGGAAAUGGUGAGGAGUUAACGGCAAGGACUUUGAAAAAUGUGCAAAUACACCUUGACAUGUAUUUAAGGGAUAACAGAUACCCAUACUCAAUUGAAAAAGAUGAUGCCUUCAAAGCCUCAAGAGACUUUUUGAAGAACAAACUCGAUCAAAGUAAGACUGGGAGACAUAUGCUGGUUCCAAUUGAUGACAAUGAAAUUGAAAUAUUGUUCCAGAGACAGGUUCUUGGCGAUCAGAAUCCUGACUCUCUCAUGAGCACAAUGUGGUUCCUCAACUCCAAGUACCUCGGUAUCAGACGUCCAGCAGAUCACUACAACCUGCGAUGGGGCGACAUUCGGUUAUGUACAGACGAAAUGGGUAUUGAAUACCUCGAGCGUGUAAUAAAGGGUUCAUACUCUCUCAAAGUGUUCGCAAAGGCACAAACCCCAUCUCGAUGCUUUGUGAAUUUGUAUAAAAAAUACUGGACCUUACGGCCUCAAGAUGCUUUACUGGAAUCUUCUCCAUUUUACCUGAACUUCAAUGCAGGACCAAAUUAUCCACGUCCUGAACUUUGGUUCUUUAAUGACUCCUUGUCUUGGUCGCGUUUUUCAAGUGAAUGGAAGAAAAUUCUCACAGCUGGUGGUCUGCCUCCGAAUAAGAAACCUUGCUGACCUUUAACUUGAGUGGGUUGGAUGGAUGUGCAGUGGUCAUGUUAGGCUGGGCCAUUAAUCUGUACUUACUUUAAAACUGUGGCCUAGGUGUCUAAGAUACAGUUCUGCCCCAGAGGCAAGCCAGGUGUGGUCAUAGGUUUGAAUUCCAGAUCAUUGUUGAUUGUGUUUCAAACUACUACUCUCCAGGUUAGCUACCUCUGCUUAUUCUUAAUAACCAGUUUCAGAUUUAACUUGCAAUCAGCUUUUAGCCAUGGAAAUCUCACUAUCCAUCUUGAAGGAAAUGUCCAGUCCUCAUCUGUUGUUACCUGCUCUAAUUUCUCUCCACUAGUAGUUUUUGGCAUACGAAGUGGGCAGGGUUUCCGUGCACCAGAAGGGAUGCAUGUUGUACAGUUGAGAUAUUUUAUACCUGUCAGUGACUUAAGGUAACUUUAAUUACAUUGUCAUCGUAAAAUUGUUACAGAUGUUAGUUUGAUUAUGGAUUUUCUGUGGUCAUGUUGAUCAUUUUUAUUUUAUUUUUUUUAUCAACUAUGAGGGGUGAAUAAAUGUAUUACUGUUGUAAAUUUUCCGUAGCUAACCUGGCUAGGGACAUUUCUGAAUCUUUAGCCUUAACAAAACUUUGGUUGCCACGGGCUAGCAGACAAGCAGCUAUUUUGCAAACUGCCUGUGCUUAUGGGUUUCCAAAGUUGUUAACGACUUCGACCAAUCAUAUGAUACUGACAGUCACAGUCAAAAGAAUGGUUCGGGAAUUUGGAUGUCAGGCAAAACACUUUAUUCCAUUUCAGACAUGCCCCAAUGCAACCGAAAAGUAAAUUUUUGAAAAUAUUGAUAUAGUUAAAGGGAUUUCAAAAACAAAAGCUAAAAAAAUAUUACCACAUCUCCCUUUUUGAUCGUAUUGUAGAAGUAUAUUUUUAGAUGUAUUUCUUAUACUGUAUGUAUUUCUGCUGUUUUCAGUACUCAGCAGUUUAUGCUAAGCCUGUCUCAGGUGUGAGAGGUUUGGAUCAUUCAUUCUGCCAAUGCUUGUUUAGUGAGUGAUUGAGUGAGCCUAGCUUGAUAGAGGGAAUCCUUCAGUGAUAUCACAGCAUAUUGAUGAUAUCAGCUUGACAUUGAGCUGAUGCAGGUUCCAAACAAAUCCUACUUUUGGUGAAACCUGUCAGCACUGGUGCCAACAAACGAAGAAACAAAAGCAGGAUGAUUCUGGGAUUUGAACCCACAAUCCAUUAGCACAGCGGGUUGCAGAGCUUGAGAUAGCCUGGCCUCCAAUACCCAUCCUGACAGUCAAAUUGUCAUCGUGAAUAGAUCUGUGGUGGUGCCAAAGACUCUCAUCAUUACAAUAUUCUUAAUAUGUGCAAAAAGUCAUCAACGAAACUCGCAAAACUGAAUUUGGAAGAAUAUUAUUAAUUUGUAUUAUUUAUAAUAUUUGUCUACAAGCAUAUUUAUUGAGGGGGUAUUAUUGUGGUUCAUUGAAAUACAAGUACUUUUGUGUGUUGGGGUGGGGAUUUUAAUUUUUCAAAUAUUUAGCUCACCC